AUGCUGCCCGCAAGCGCAUCUUCGAUCCAAAAGCGACGGCAGCUUCAUCGCAGACAACAAUCACUCGAAGUGCCCAUCCUUGCGACACCAUUGCCACAUCAACCCCGGAGACCCGCCUCGACUCGACCAGGCCACCAUCGGCGAGGGCUCAGCGCCGACCAAGCGAUGAGCGCCAUCAACUCGCCCGGAUUUCGACCAUUACUGCCCCAGGAUCACCACCAAGGACCACCAGGACUACCCUUCGCAAGGACCCCUCAACCAAUGACUAACGACACAGGAUACCAAAUGCCGGAUCAGUCACAGCAUUUCAUCAAGCAAGAAACGCAGGAACGCCCAGCACCGCCGGGACUCAGCACGCUGCCACCGCACGCGCACACCCAAGACUUCCAAUCCCACCUUCAAUCCCAGCUGAAUGGUGCCUUCGAUCCAUCAGCUGUCGAUCCUAGCCAACAGGCCGCAAUUCAAGACUUGCAAAAGCACAUUGCGUGGUAUGAGCAAAACUUCGGCAAAGGAUCGCCCAAUCCCCACGCGCAAUCGCAACCACUCAUUCAGGUCAACCAUCCUCUUCCAAACGAGAUGGCCGCGCCUGUCUUCUUCUCACAACCGUCCAUGUCGGCCAUACCCUCGACGCCCAUCACCCACGGGCCCAUCACCCACGGUCAGUCUCAGACUGUGCCGAACACGCCACAACACCACACCCAAAGCUGGCCAAGCCCACCGCCAUCACAUGUCAAGCACCAGCGUAGUCAGAGCUAUCAACUCGACGUCGCGCCAAUGCCACCACAGCUUGAUGGUAGUCAGUUCACCAACCAACAAGCCUCCUUCCACAACGGAUCGUUCGGCUUUCAUGGCGAGCAAGACUACGCCGCUUCAGCCUACUCGUCAUCCAUUGCCGACGCCUCUUCGCCACCACCGCAGCACAGCACACCGAUGCCGACGCUGUACGAAGAGCCACCUGCCGACCUCCUGUUGCAGGCGACUGCCGGAGCCGAGCACGACUUCAACAGCCCGCACUUCAUGAUCAGUGGCGGACCCAUCUGCCCUGAGCAAGCCGCUCUUGACGCUGCUGGUAUCGAUGCAACAUAUAUCGACACCGGCAUCAGCGAAGAGCAAAUCAACUCAUGGCUCGUUCAUCCUCAGGGUAAGGGCGAGCCGUACCGAUGCAAGUGGGAGGGCUGCGACACCGCAAUCAACCGAAAAGAGAAUGCUCGCUCGCACGUUCAGAACCAUCUCGACGAUCGUCGUUUCCGCUGCAAUCCCUGUGGCAAGCGCUUCAACCGUCUUCACGACACCAAGCGUCAUCAUCUCACCCACACUAACGAAAGACCAGCAGUGUGCCCAUGCGGUAAGACCUUUGCUCGAGCUGACGCACUAACCCGUCACCGACAGCGCGACAUGUGCGAGGGCGUUCUGCCUGGAUUCGAGAAGCUGGAAGAGGAGAAGCCGAAGCGUGGCCGCCCAAAGAAGGACCGCUCUGGUGAGGAUAAGUCGAAGCGGUCGAGUCGCCCUGACAUGGACGCGCGUACGAGAAAGGCUGCGAUGGCGCGCAACAUCGACGCCGCCAACAGUGCGAAUGGAGGACACGCAUCCAGCAUGAGCUCUGCAGCAAGCGUGCGCAGCAUGCCAGACACUCCGCCACAAGACAGCGACGAGAUGACCGCCCACGACUUCCUCGAUAUGGACGGCGCGAAUUCUUCAUUCAACCAGCACGGCAACGGAUGGGUCGAUACACCACCCACAUCACCUCCAUCCGCACCCCACACGCAGGCCGCCAAGUCCAAGAUCUUUAUCGACCUCAGCAUUCCAGAGGAGCCAGUUCACGCCGUCUCACCUUCGAAGCUGUCGACACGAUCAUCACCAAGCCCCGUCAAGUCGUAUCAUCACGGCUCAAGUCCGCCGCAGACGCAGACUGUCUUCACCGACUACUCCUCACCUGCAGCGUUUGACGGCUUCACUGGCGGCUCCAGCCCGAUGGACGGCGGCGUCGAUAUCUUCCACGACACGAUGAACUUCGAUAUCAUGGACUCACAUCCAGACGUCGGUCGCGAUGUCUUUUCUCCUCCCGGCGAAUCUUGCAGUGGCUCAAGCGUCUACAACUCCGACUACGAUACGGUCCACGUCAGCGCAGCCGUCAAGCCACCUGCUCACAUGUCGCCAAUCGCGGAGUACGGCACAGCCAUGACCGCUCGCAACGCCUAUGGUCUCGAUGACUUUCUGAGCGCCGCCGAAGAAGACCAGUACGGCGAGGUCCGCGACAUGCUUGAUUCCUGGAUCGCUUCGAAUUAGAGGUCUCGGAAAAAGGCAAUUCGUGUGUUUAGCGUGUACGAUAAUGGCGAAAGAGCUACGAGAUGACAUGACGACUCUGGAUGACUGCAUAGCAUGGAAAUGACGACCAACGAUUGUGAGGGCUGCGCCUGUUACGAUACGAUCUGAUCAAAAAUUGGCGGAAAUUAAUGGAUGGAUGGAAGCAGAUAAGAACGACGUACAUGAAUGACUGCAUAUUUUCGAGGACGACGAACAGACGAACGACCGACGACGCGGAAUGACAUGAAAUGGCUGGCAUAUGGACUCUGUGUGUGUGUGUUUGGGCAUUGCGAAAGGUGUUCUGGGCGUAAUAAUGGGCAGCAAGAAUGACGACGGAAGAUUUUUGCUUUUCUUGUUUUCUACGCAGCCAGCCAGCUGUCGAUACGUUGCUCGAACUGCGUUGCGUUAUUGCUUGCUGGCUGGCUGCCUUUUUAAUUGAUCUUUCUACCAAUUCUGGAUGGAGUGUGUGCAAAAGAAAUCUGUCGCUACAGCGAAAAACGCACAUGAUUUGUACACUAGCAGAAAAGAUGCUGGAGGGGCGGCGCGGUAGUUAUAGAGACAUCUUUCAUGUCUUGGGUCGUUAGUCCUUGGAGCCAUGUUGCAGGUUGAGUUGGCCCUUUUUUUUUAAAAAAAAAAGGACUUUGACUCCUUGCUUCGUGAUUUCGAGUUGUACUCCUCUUGAUAUGGAUGGAAUGGAAUGAAAUGGAGCGAGGGAGCAUCUUUUUCUGC